AAUCACACUGCAUAUCACUUCUUCUUCAGUCUUUAACCAACAGUGUUGGUGGGUGCUCAACAGUGUCUUCCUUGGAUCAUUCCUUUUCACUUCACUGCAAUGCGUUGGGCACAUUUCUGUGUUUUCGUCUUGGCCACAACGUUUGCCAAAGAGGAAGAAAUAAACGAAGUGAACCCACCUCGUAAACUAACAGCAAAUCUGGACGCAAAUCUUCGGAGAGCACUUCUCAAAGCUUUAACCGAAUUAGAAAACGAAGAAAAUGAAAAAAAGCAGCAAACACUACAUUCUUUGCCCCACAUAGACACUAGUGAUAAAAUAGUGGAAAAGGCUUCCGCUUCUGCACUUUCGUUUUUUGCAAGUACUGAGUCUUCAAUUACCGAAAAAACCACCACCACUGAAGCAGCAACAGCGAAACCGAUUGUAGUCAUCCAAAAAAGCCACGGUUUGCAACACAAACCCAUCACAACAUUAGAAAAAUACACUUCCGAGACAGUGAACGAGCAUGAACAAAUUCUCACAAGUGCUAGUAGUAGUUUUACGUCAUCGUCGAACAAAUUUUCUUUUGCUAAAACGGAAAAACCAAAUAUAAAUUUAGUCUCAAAUGAUGCUAAAGCUACAACCAAAUUUGUAAAACCAAAAGUUGAGGUUACAACAGUGACCACGACCACGGAAGAAAGUCAAGCAAAAGUUGAAGAUGUACAAUUCUUUUCCGCUCCUCUAGUCGCGGCUUUUACAGUUCAUCAAGACGAACGAGGAUUGCCUAAAAGUGUUGAACCGAUUUUUCGUCCCAAGAUUGAGCAGAAAGUGAAACCAAAACAAGAAACGUUAAAUCCGCAACAAGAUCAACUCCGGACCCAGUUGGCACUACAAGAGAAACAAAAGGCUUUAGAAGCGGAAAUUUUAAGACUGAGACAACAACAACAACAACAGAAUUAUCUAAUAAGACAACAACAAAUUCUCCAUCAGCAACAAUUGCAACUGCAGAAACAGAAGAUUUUAGAUGAACGGACUCGGAUUCUCAACAAUCAGCAGUCGUUCGUUCCUUUAGUGACAACUACACAAAGGAAUGAGUUUAACACUCGAGGUAGCUUAGUGUCUUUUCAACCCAGUAUAAGUUUUACUUCGCAUCAACACCCAACCGGAGUUUUGCCCCUCAACGCGCAACAACUUCCACUUAAAAACGCUGCCAACUUUCGCGCACCUUUUAUUCCCAACGAAAAUCUACAACAGUUUAAUUAUUUGAGCCAUCAGCGACCCCCUUUGGAGAGCAGCGUUUCCCAAUUUAAUUUUCAACCGACCGUUCAACCGCAGUUGAGCCUUACAGUACCCAAACAUCAUCGAGUUUUUAGACAAGAAGCUAACACUGGAAACUUUUUUAAUUCUGGUUUUAAUAAUUUUAAUCAGGCGUUACCACAACAAAAUAGGUUUUUUAGGUCGAACUUGCAGUCUAUUACUUCCCCACAGUACAAUUUUAAUCGAAUUCAACCUCCUAUUGUAAACCAACAAUUAAACCACUUACUAUAUAAUUCGGGAUUAAUUAGGGGGAAGCAACAAGAGGAUUUGAAUAUUGUUUCAAAAGUUCUUGCUUUAAAUCACUACGGAGGUGAUUAUAGAUUUGACAGUUCUAAUGUUAGCGAACAAAGGGUUCCCCCACCAGUCAUUAAGAAAGUUUGAAAGUUUGCUAAAGCAGUGUUGAUGAUAAUAUUUAUUUUAUGGAAUUUAAUAGUCAUACAGCAGUGUCAAGAGUUGUACCUUUAAUCGGUAUAGUACAAGUUAAUGUUAAGUUAUUGAUGUAAAUAAUUUUAUUGCUACCUACGAAACACAUACGACUGAUUUCAACAAUAAAUAGUUUCAGUUCCAUAGCUGCCGAUUCUGCUAUUAGCUGUUUAGUGUGGUUAUUAUAUUUAUAACGUUUUUUUUUUGAAGUAAUUUAUGUUAACUAUGAAUGAACUAAUAAACCAUACCUAUAUGUA